AUGAGUGACGAAGUAAUAGGAAAUAUCAAUGUCAUGACCUCUACUCAAAAACCUAUCAGGCGCCGUCUUUCUAGCUCAAGAUCGUCCAGCUCUAGUAGCUCUAGCAAUUCUAGAUCUAACAGCAGUAACUCAAGUAUUACUUCAUCUAGUACUAGUUCUUCUAAUGCUCAUAACACAGGGCGACGACCUUUAGAUGAAAACACCGAUCCACUGCAAGAUAGUUCUAGACAUACAAACGCCGAUCCACAGCCAGGUACAUCUAGAGAUGAAAACGCCGACCCUCAGCCACGAACUUCUAGAGACAAUUUUUCUCCACCAUCCAUAUUGACACCAAUUUGCAACGAUUUGCCAUUGGUUCGACCCCGAACAGCGGUUUGUAAAUACAUAAUUUCUCCACUUCAUUCGGAGGAAAGUGACGUAGAUCUCAGUGAUGACGACCCCUCUUACAUUCAAGAGAAAAACCAUCAUCAACGUUCACUGAGCCCAGCAGCUGGCAAUUCUAUUGACGAUUAUGUUCCAACGAAACCAAGGAAACGUAAAGCAGAUCCAAAUAAAUGGAUGCAAAACACGCAAAAAAUUAAACGAAACUUAGGUCAAAGUUAUGUAGCUGUACAUUCAAAGAAAUUGGUCCUUGCACGUAAUAUUAAAUCACCUUGUGGCCGAAACCGUAGAUUAAAAUGCAGUGAUCGCAUCGAUAAUUCUAAGAGGGUGCAGAUCUUUAACGCCUUCUGGGCAUUAGGUGAUAGACAGUUGCAAAGAAUGUAUAUUUUGUCUAAUAGCACAAAAAUUACACCUAAGUACAAGUAUACCAAUGCCCAGAACCCGCGUAAUCCGCAUUUUAUUUUACUGUAA